AUGGUUGAUGAGUACGGCGUAUUAGAAUAUGGACAAGUAUUUAUCCAAUACACACCAAUGUAUGAAGAAAACAUAAACGACGAACCUCGUUCAAGAGAAGAUCCAAAAAUUUUAAAAAAUUGUUUAGUUGCAAUAACAAAGAACCCGUGCCAUCAUCCGGGUGAUAUUCGUACAUUUAAUGCUAUUGAUCAUCUAAAAUUAAGACAUUUGAAAGAUGUUGUAGUGUUCCCGAAAAAAGGGCCCCGUCCUCACCCAAAUGAGAUAAGUGGCUCAGAUUUAGAUGGUGACGAAUAUGCGGUAAUAUGGCACGAGGAUCUUGUUCCAGACACUCCAAACUAUGAAGCGUAUAUGUAUGACUCACAAAAAGAUCUACCAGAACAUACAGGUGAAAUUACGCGAGAAGACAUCAACAAGGUUGUCUUGGAUAUAGCCGAACAAGAUUAUUUGGGACGAUUGUCAAAUCUUCAUUUGGCUUAUGUUGAUCUUCUUGGUGUCCAUCAUGAAACAUGUAAGGAGUUAGCCGGUGUUAUUAGUAAAGAAGUAGACUCGGGAAAAACAGGCAUACAUCCAAAGUCAGAGGCAGAGAUCAAAGAAUUAGCCAAGGGAUUAAACAACCAACGACCUGACUUUAUGGAAAAUAAAAAUAUGAAAUCAUAUGUAUCUUCUUAUAUAUUAGGUAAACUAUAUCGUGCAUCUUGUCGAUCAAUUUCGGGUUGGAAUAGGUUACUUUCUUAUUAUAGACAUUUGAAACAUCUUCAUAUAUCAACUCCUGAUGAUGAAGAUGAACAAUCUCUCCCUAUAGAAAAACACAAGCGAGAAACAGAUAUUGAUCCACUGUUACUUCAUGAAAACUAUCAGCAACACAUAGAAAAAGCUAAAAAGUUCUUCUUUGUUUAUAAACAAGAGUUAUUAGAAAUUCUUAGUCUGUAUCACUUACAACAUGAAACGGAUUUAUUCUGUCGUGGAUUAAAACAAAAUGAUAUUGAAGAUUCUGCUCAAUGUGAAUUUCAACAAUUAAUUGAUCGCACGAGACACGGUAUCUAUUUAUAUAUUAUAGAAAUUUGUCCAUCGCCUAAGUGUUCACUAGAUGACUACUGCGAUAGUUGUCUCGAUCAUUAUAGAGCAUUCUCAUCUGCCUGUUAUUAUCAUUGUUAUCAAGAAGCAAAUAAAACAUCAGCUAGACGUACACAAAUUCUUAGUUUCCCGUGGAUAUUUAGUGCGUACUUGGUAGAUGUUAAAUUAGAAAAUUUACGAGGAGAAGAAAAAUCUUCAACUAAUCGAAUUUUUGGUACGGCUAUGUCUAAUACUCUACAAAAAUUGAUUGAUGAACGUCGUUUAAAAUUAGAAGUGAAUAUAGACAAUGGGCUAGCAUUAGCAUUAUUGAAUAAAAAAAAUUCUGGCAUUCGUUCGUCUAAUUGUCAAAGAUUAUAUUAUAAAAUAGAUUGGAAAAUAAUUGUAUUUAUUGAAAUAAUACACAAUUGGCUAAAUAGGCACCAGAAAAUAUUGUCUAAAGAUAUUCAAGAUACUGAAAAUGAAAUAAGUCCAAAACCAUUGGUAUCAUACGAGUGCUGGAAUACUAUAUUAAUAAAAUUUAUUAAUCCAACAUCUUCUACUAUAAAUUUGAAUUUGAAUGAAUUGUCUGUUGGAUUUCAACAAAAAUCUUCUCCUCUUAACGAUAUAUAUUAUGGAUAUAUUUCAUCCUUAUCUGAUGAAUGGAAUAACAAUGAAAACUUUACCAAACAAAUGUUUGAUAUAUUUCAUCAAUUUUUAGAUAUUUGUUUCGAGCAUUCACUUGAAACAAAAGAUAAUUCAUUCGCUUAUUUAAGUGAAUACAUUAUAUUAUUUUUACAACAAAUUGCCAUUCAAAAAGAAUUCAAAUACUAA